AUGGGAGAGAAGAAGAAGCUGAAGGUAGAAGAAAUGCUUUGCUUCGGUGUGAUUUCAGAAGGAACGGAGGAAGUGUAUUUAUACACUUCGAAACAGCGCACGCACCAAAGUGGCUCUGAAAUUACAGCAUCUCAGCUAAAGAAUUGGGUAAACAAUAGGAAAGCUAAGCUUGCCCGAGCUGCAAGAGAGGCCCGUGCUCCAUCCGAAGGGGAUAUUUCCUACCCAGACAAGUCGAGCGGUCCAUGCUCUUCUCAUUUUUGUGAUUCCCCUGAGAGCCCCACUGAAGAAAACUAUGCUGCCCCCGGUAGAGGAAUCUCACACCAAACCAUUUCCAGAACAGGUAGCAUAGAAACAAGAUCAGCCAGAUGCGAGGAUAUGGACAUGAGUACACCAACUGAUUUUGUCCACAGGUCUCAGCUAAAUCAAGCGCCCUUGAGAUCUCAUUUGUUCGAACCAGGUCAGUUGGUUUCAAUGGAAGAUGCCGAAGGUAACUUGGUUGGCAAAGGACAGAUCAUUCAGGUGGAAGGUAGAUGGCAUGGGAAGAGCUUAGAAGAAAGUGGCAUAUGCAUUGUGGAUGUUACAGAGCUCAAAGUUGAGAAAUGGAAGGAGGUGCAACACCCUUCCGAUGCAGCGGGACAUACUUUCGAGGAGGCCAUGGCGAAAAACAGCGGCACUAUGUGGGUGGCCUGGGAUGCAGCAAGGCUUGCUCUGUUGCCUUAGCAAAUAACAUCUCUGCCAAAAGAUAGAAGCGCAGGAAGAUAACAAAGCUGAUGAUUUAGAUUAAAGUUGUUUCAGAUAAUCGAAUUCUGUUACCUAAAAUGCAAAUGCUCUUGUCGAACCGAAUUCUAAUAUGUAUUUUCUGCAAGUAUUUUGUCAACCAUCCAUUUUGCUUGGCUUUUCAAGUUUGGGUUCGACAAUAACCUUUCAAGUUGAACAAGUAGUGGUAUACUUCUCAUUCUCUUCCUAA